UAUAUACUAGCUGAGGCUGGCUCAUUUAGCUGACUCACGGCUUACUACAUGCACACAAAGCAGAACCACACUGGUUUGUUUUUUAAACUCCUCCGUCCUCCUCAAUUCCGUUACCGUCACCGUCCACCUCCGUUACUCUCAUCCUCACCGUUCAUCCUCUCCGAUCUACCUCCCCGUUGUUAACCGUAUGAAGCACGCCGUCAACGGUUCCUUUUCUCCGGGAUCUUCCCGUCCUUCCCCGUCGACGCUUCCCCGAGAAGACUGCUGGAGCGAGGAAGCGACCUUCACGCUAAUCCAAGCCUGGGGCUCUCGCUACGUCAACCUCAGCCGCGGCAGCCUCCGUCAGAAUCACUGGCAAGAGGUGGCUAACGCCGUCAACGACCGUCACUUCAACACCGGCCGCAACGUCUCCGCCGCGAAAUCGCAGCCCUACCGCACCGACGUCCAGUGUAAAAACCGGAUCGACACCUUGAAGAAGAAGUACAAAGUCGAGAAAGCUAGGGCUUCCGGCGCCGCCGCCGGCAGCGGCGGCUACGUCAGCACGUGGCCUUUCUUCUCCGAUCUCGACGACCUUCUCGGAGAAACGUUCCCGACGUCUAGUGCCACUCCGUCGCUGCCGAUGACGGUUGUUCCGGUUCCGGUCGCUCCACGAUCGGCGAUCCCCAGACGUCCGGCGCCGGCGCCGGCGAUUAUGAGAAUCGGCGGGGAGAAUUUGCUCGGAUAUCGCGGGAAUCUCAACACGUUCGCGGCGGCGGCGGCGGCGGCGGCUGCCUCUUCUCCGGCGUAUGAAGAUGAUUCGGAUGGGUCAAGGUCGAGAUCGAGCGGAGGAGGGAAGAGGAAGCGGGAGGAGAAGCAAGGCUACAAGGAAGUAGCGGAAGCAAUAGAGAGGCUUGGGGAGAUAUACGAGAGGGUGGAGGAGAGGAAGAGGAAGGAGAUGGUGGAGCUGGAGAAGCAGAGGAUGCGAUUCGCUAAGGAGCUGGAGUGUCAUAGGAUGCAGCUCUUCACGGAGAUGCGUGUUCGUCUUCACAAACUCAGGCGUACCAAAGGUCCGACAUCUUCCGCUCUUGAGUAUGGGAUGAUGGAUUUGCCAAGUUCCUUUUGAGUAUGGGAUGAUGGAUUUGCCAAGUUACUUGUAAGGGGUAGGCUUCCUUGUAUUUUUGCUUUCAGCUACGACAACUCUCACUCUCUUAUCUCAACAAUCAAACAUUAAUUGGUCUAAUGAGCCUUAUGUAAAUCCUGCGGUCAUGUUUUAAGUGCCUGGUGUUUUUUUGGGGUCAUGUGCUUGUGAUUUACAACAAUAAUAUCCAUGAGUGAUGAAUUUGUGAUUGUAGCACAUUGAUGAACAAGAAGUCAGCAUGUAAAUUAUAAGAUGUUUUAU